UCAUCCUACACAGGAACAGUUCAAGUCGUAGCUGUUGCAUGAGCUGUAUCGGUAACAUUUGUCAGACAAUUGGUCGAAUCUGAAAAAGGAUGUCAGCAGGACAAUGGCAGCAUUACAAGGAGUGUGAUCGAUGUACUGGUGACAUUAAGGAAGCUGUGCAGUGGCACUGCACCAAACACAAUCUUAAUCUUUGUGAUACUUGCAAAGACACUCACAAGACAAACCAAUGUAAUAUCAUCCGGUACGGUGAUAAAUUCAGGGAAAAUCUGAACCCCAACCCAGUAGUGGCCAAGGAAGUCACGUGUCCUUUUAAUUUUCUGAGAGAUAUUGGAAGCGGUAGUCACGACCAGUUCUGGAUUUUGAGUUCAAGAAGUAAAGAUCUCAAACUUGUGAAUGCUGAAGGCAAAGAGUUGAAAAACGUGACAACUUCUGAUCAGCCAUGGCGUUUGGCUGUGUCACAUGACCGGAAGUUCUUUUUUUAUACAAAUAUCAGAGCAAAGGUCGUUAUGAAAGUGGAUGCAAAAUCAGGAAGAAUAGCGAAGAUGUUUUCUACAGGAGAAUACGAGCCCAGGGGGAUAGGUGCAUGCAGAUCUGGGGAUCUUUUAGUAUGUCUCUACAGCACUAGCAGCAGUAGUGGAAAAGUUGUUAAGUAUGAUCAGAACGGGAAAGAAAUUUUGGAAAUAGAGUACGACCAAAAUAGACGAAGAAUUUACAUGAAACCACAAUAUGUCAUAGAAAACAAAUAUGGCAGAAUUUGUGUUUCCGACUAUGAAAGGCGCGAGGUCAUUUUAGUUCAAGAAAAUGGGGAAUUUCUUUUUUCUUACGACGGAAAUAAGGCAAAGGGUCUUGUAGAACAGUUUGUACCUGAGGGUAUUGCUACAGACAGUCGAGGAAAUUACCUCGUCGCUGAUUACUGGAAUAAUACCGUGCAUGUCAUUAAAGAUAACGGAGCAUUCGUUUGCUAUUUACUGUAUGGGAAAAUCGAGGGUCCUACAGGCAUUGCGAUAGACGACAGAGACCAGCUUUGGGUCUGUGAAUACAGCACAAGUAGUGGAGUCGUCAAGGUCAUGUCGUACCUUCAGUAGUAUUACGGUGAGCCGUUAAUGUCUGAAUUUAAAGUGUGAUUUGAAAGUGUACAUGUCAAUGUAUGAGUUACAUGUUAAC